CGUUUAAACAAAAAUUUGAUUAAACGAUGGAAAAUACGGAAAAUAAUAUGGCGUUAUAUGAAAACGACCUAGAAUGUGAUGAUCAGGAAUAUAGCCACGAUUUUAUAACAUUACCUUGGGAUGACCGGACUCGUACGAGCAAAAUCAGCGUUGCGCUAUUGUUGGCCAGUAUAUUAAUAACUACAUUGGCCAUAGUAGCUAAUAACUUCAUCGUUCAUUACAAAAACUUUGAUGCGAAAGCUUUGAGCGCGGAAACAAAUAUUAAUUGCAAUUUGGUUAAAGUAGAUACAUAUCAAUUCGUCGCAAGGAUUCGUUCUGUCGUUAAUUUAGAACUAAUUUGCGUUGGAGCGGUUCUGUCACAGUCAUCAGUAUUGGCGAAUGAAUUAUGUUUAAGGUCGGGUCCGAUUCGGCUACAUUUGGGAAGUCCUACUGAUCCUCAAUGUAAAAAAGGAUUUCCCGUGGAUGUUUUCGAAGUCAUACCACACGAUGGCGUCAUAACGAAGGCCCUAGUACUCUUAUCGAGCUUUGAAGAUCUGUCCCGAUGCGCUAAUUACAUUAAAAUAGGAAAAAAUAUACAUUUUAAAAAUAAAGCCCUAAUAAUAGGACGGCCAUUUCGUGGCGGGCGAUCGUUGUCACUUCAACUUGUGACAGUUGACAAUAUAGACAAUUCCACAGAUGUCGGCAAUUUCAAAUACGAUAGUGUGAUCUGUGUUAAGGACUUGGAUAAGUGUCCCGUGAGAGCUGGAGACCUAUUAGUUCAAGAGGGAUUACUGUAUGGACUUGCGUCUACCAGUGUGAAUGACAGAGGGCUGAAGCAAGCAGUGUGCUUUGCAAAUCUCACUCUAGUUUAUAAGGAAUUAAAAUUGCUUGAUGCAACAAUUGGUUAGAAUCAUUGGUGCAUUUACACAGAUUUUACAAUAUAAUAUUCAUAAUUCACCGUUUUUAUAAGGUCAUAAAAUAUUAACAUUGGCUACUAUAAUAUAGGUACAUAAUCAUUCGUUAUUAUAUUAUAAUAAUGUAUAUGACGGGCUAUACAUCUCAUAUGUUUUAUUUACAAAUCCCUGACGCAAAGCAAUUGCUUGAAAUGUAGUAAUUUGCAGAACACAAAUUGUUACUCCCUUAGGGAAUUGUAAUAUCUAAUAAUUACAACAUAUUUAGAUUUUAUGUGUAAACAAAGGAAAGCAGACAAUUCUGAAAUUAUAUUUUGGCUGCCACAUGCUAUAUGAUACUAUGU